AUGAUGGCCGGAGAUGUUGUUGGUAUCUGGGAGGUGGCGUUAAGCGAUGGGGUUUACAGGAUUGAGUUUGAACACGGCACGGCGACAGGGAAGAGGGUUGUUUGGAUCAAUGGACAGGAGGUGCUCAGAAGAGAUUGGAUGUUCAAACUGGUUGGAAAGGAGACCUUCACAGUGGGAGGCAUGGAAACAAAAGCAACAGUAAACAUUGAGGCUAUCAGUGGCUUUACCUACGAGUACACCUUGGAGAUUGAUGGCAAGAGUCUCCAGAAGUUCAUAGAUAACAGAUCCAAAGUCACUAAGACGUGGGUGCUGCAAGGAGAGUUUGUGGAUGACGGAACAGAGACACACUUCACGGUGGCAGACCAUGACUGCUGCAUCAAGGCUUUGAGCAGUGGGAAGAAGAGAGCUGGCAUCAUCCAUUACUUAAUGGUGGAUGGGGAAGCAGUGCCCGGCUGGACAGAUUGA